AUGUCCGAGACGGCGCCCGCGGCCGCUGCGCCGGCAGUCAAGGCGCCGGCCAAGAAGGCAGCGGUCGCCGCCAAGCCGCGCAAGGCUGCCGGGCCCAGCGUCACCGAGCUUCUGACCAAGGCGGUGGCCGCCUCGAAGGAGCGCAACGGGGUGUCCCUGGCGGCGCUCAAGAAGGCCCUGGCGGCGGCCGGCUACGACGUGGAGAAGAACAACAGCCGCAUCAAGCUGGGGCUGAAGAGCCUGGUGGGCAAAGGCACGCUGGUGCAGACCAAGGGCACGGGCGCCUCGGGCUCCUUCAAGCUCAACAAGAAGCAGCAGGAAGGCAAGGACAAGGCGGCUAAGAAGAAGCCGGCCGCCAAGAGCAAGAAGCCGGCCGUCGCCGCCAAGAAGGCGCUCAGGAAGCCCGCCGCCAAGAAGAGCCCCAAGAAGGCCGUCAAGAAGCCGGCCGCGGGGGCCAAGAAGGUGGCCAAGAGCCCCAAGAAGGCCAAGCCCGUCAAGCCGACAAAGGCAGCCAAGAGUCCCGCCAAAGCCAAGGCGGUGAAGGCGAAGGCAAAGGCCGCCAAGCCCAAGACUCCCAAAGCGAAGGUGGCCAAGCCCAAGAAGGGGGCGGCCAAGAAGAAGUCUUCGUCGAAGACACUGAGAAAGCUAGGGUUUCCGAGAAAAUUCUCGGUGGGUGAAAAAGAAAAGUUUUCCCGACUGGAGUAA